AUGGAGCAGUGGCGGCAAUGCGGCCGCUGGCUCAUCGAUUGCAAGGUCCUGCCGCCCAACCAUCGUGUCGUGUGGCCCUCGGCGGUGGUCUUCGACCUGGCGCAGGCGCUGCGCGACGGCGUCCUGCUGUGCCAGCUGCUGCACAACCUCUCCCCCGGCUCCAUCGACCUGAAGGACAUCAACUUCCGGCCGCAGAUGUCCCAGUUCCUGUGUUUGAAGAAUAUUCGCACCUUCCUCAAAGUCUGCCACGACAAAUUUGGACUAAGGAACAGUGAAUUGUUUGACCCCUUUGACCUCUUCGAUGUCCGAGACUUCGGGAAGGUCAUCUCUGCAGUGUCCCGACUGUCUCUGCACAGCAUCGCACAGAACAAAGGCAUCAGGCCUUUUCCCUCGGAGGAGACAGCUGAGAAUGAUGAGGAUGUCUACCGAAGCCUGGAAGAGCUGGCCGACGAACAUGACCUGGGUGAGGACAUCUACGACUGUGUCCCAUGUGAAGAUGAAGGGGAUGACAUCUACGAAGACAUCAUCAAGGUGGAGGUGCAGCAGCCCAUGAAAAUGGGCAUGACUGAGGACGACAAGAGAAGCUGCUGCUUGUUGGAGAUUCAGGAGACCGAGGCCAAGUACUACCGCACCCUGGAGGACAUCGAGAAGAACUACGUGGGCCCCCUGCGGCUGGUGCUGAGCCCAGCGGACAUGGCCGCCAUCUUCAUCAACCUGGAGGACCUCAUCAAGGUGCACCACAGCUUUCUGCGGGCCAUUGAUGUGUCCAUGAUGGCUGGUGGCAGUACCCUGGCCAAGGUCUUCCUGGAGUUCAAGGAAAGGCUCCUGAUCUAUGGAGAGUACUGCAGCCACAUGGAACAUGCUCAGAGUACACUGAACCAGCUCCUUGCCAGCCGGGAGGACUUCAGGCAGAAAGUGGAGGAGUGCACGCUCAAGGUCCAGGAUGGCAAGUUCAAGCUGCAAGAUCUGCUGGUGGUGCCCAUGCAACGGGUGCUGAAGUACCACCUGCUGCUCAAGGAACUCCUGAGCCAUUCUGCAGACCGGCCAGAGAGACAACAGCUGAAGGAAGCGCUGGAAGCCAUGCAGGACUUGGCCAUGUAUAUCAACGAAGUGAAACGGGACAAAGAGACCUUGAAGAAGAUCAGCGAGUUCCAGUGCUCCAUAGAAAACCUGCAAGUGAAGCUGGAGGAAUUCGGACGGCCGAAGAUUGAUGGGGAACUGAAAGUCCGGUCCAUAGUCAACCACACCAAGCAAGACAGGUACCUGUUCCUGUUUGACAAGGUGGUCAUCGUGUGUAAGAGGAAGGGCUACAGCUAUGAGCUGAAGGAGGUCAUUGAGCUACUCUUCCACAAGAUGACUGAUGACCCCAUGCACAACAAGGACAUUAAGAAGUGGUCCUAUGGCUUCUACCUGAUUCACCUCCAAGGAAAGCAAGGCUUCCAGUUCUUCUGCAAGACGGAAGACAUGAAGCGCAAGUGGAUGGAGCAGUUCGAGAUGGCCAUGUCAAACAUCAAGCCGGACAAGGCCAAUGCCAACCAUCAUAGCUUCCAGAUGUACACGUUUGACAAGACUACCAACUGCAAGGCCUGUAAGAUGUUCCUCAGGGGUACCUUCUACCAAGGUUACCUGUGUACCAGGUGUGGUGUCGGAGCACACAAGGAGUGCCUGGAGGUGAUGCCCCCCUGCAAGAUCAGUUCUCCUGCAGACUCGGAUGCUCCUGGAGCCGGACCAGGUCCCAAGAUGGUUGCUGUGCAGAAUUACCAUGGUAACCCAGCCCCUCCCGGGAAGCCCGUGUUGACCUUCCAAACAGGGGACGUGAUAGAGCUGCUCCGGGGUGACCCCGAUUCUCCUUGGUGGGAGGGGCGACUGGUUCAAACCCGGAAGUCAGGGUAUUUUCCCAGCUCAUCCGUGAAGCCCUGCCCAGUGGAUGGAAGGCCACCUAUUGGCCGCCCGCCAUCCCGGGAGAUUGAUUACACUGCAUACCCCUGGUUUGCUGGCAACAUGGAACGUCAGCAGACGGACAAUCUGCUCAAGUCUCACCCCAGUGGGACCUACCUCAUCAGAGAGCGACCAGCCGAGGCCGAGCGCUUCGCCAUCAGCAUCAAGUUCAAUGAUGAGGUGAAGCAUAUUAAGGUAGUGGAGAAAGACAACUGGAUCCACAUCACUGAAGCCAAGAAGUUUGAGAGCCUCCUGGAGCUGGUGGAGUACUACCAGUGCCACUCACUCAAGGAAAGCUUCAAGCAGUUGGACACUACGCUCAAGUUCCCCUACAAGUCCCGGGAGCGCGCCGCCACCAGGGCCUCAAGCCGGUCCCCAGUGUUCACACCACGGGUCAUUGGCACAGCUGUGGCCAGGUACAACUUUGCUGCACGGGACAUGCGGGAGCUGUCGCUUCGGGAAGGUGAUGUGGUAAAGAUCUACAGCCGAAUUGGUGGGGACCAGGGCUGGUGGAAAGGCGAGACGAAUGGACGGAUCGGUUGGUUUCCUUCGACGUAUGUGGAAGAGGAGGGUGUCCAGUGAGGGCGAGACAUGGACAGACGCACGGAUGUUCUUGGGAGUCUCCCCAGCUCUGAAGUCCACCUCUGGCAUCUCCAUGGCUCCGGGAACUGCCUGUCAAGCUUGCAGCUGCUACAGCCCACAGGGAUGGGGAAGGUGUUCCACCGUCACCUGCCCUGGGUGGCCUGUCCCUGGGUACAUUCCUUGUACAUAGAGGAAACCUGUGCUGGCCACACCCAGAGCACCAAGGAGAGGGAGCUCGGGCAAUGUGGCCAGGUGGGUGUGGAUGACAGCCAAGGUCAGAAGCCACCACCUGACCCUGUGGUUUAGAUGUUCAGGAGCCCAGAACUCAACUCAUUGUGUGCCAGGGAGGGCUGGGGACAGCAGGGAGGGCCCUUCCCAGCCCCGUCUGCUCGGCCCUGCACUGAUCUAUCUGCCUGUCUUUUCUGCUGCUCUCUAGAGUGGGUGUCAGGUCUUGGGAGGCAGGCAGGACCAGACAGUGCUGUGGCACACACUAGGCCCAUCUGGGGUGCAGGAUCAGAGAGCUUGCACAGGGACCACUGGGUCAUGCUGGCUCUGCAGCUUGACCUGACCGCCUCCCUUCCCAACACAUCAGGGUCCUGCUGAGCGCUAACUGCAAGCCUCUCUCUCUCUGGAGGGGCCUUUGGGACGAUGACAUUGCUGACCCACCCCCAGCCCACCCCAGUCAGUGGUACUGCUCUUUGCUCGUUGACACCUCUUUCCUGAGGUCUUACCUGCCCUGCUGCCAGGGGACACAUCUGCGAACCCCAAAGGGCAGGGGAGAGACCCAGGUUCCCCUCCCCACUGCCUCUCUUCUCUCCAGGAGGCACUCUUGGGUCUUCUGCAUUCCAAACCAUGGUCCCUAGGAAUCUGCUGGCCUUUGCACUCGAUGUUGGUUCUGGCCCUCGACAGGUGUCCCCACAAUGAUUCCUGUAGCCCACACACUGGACCUGUGGCCAACCCAAAAUAAGUGCUCUUGGGGUGUCUCCACCCCUUUACCCCCCCCUCUCCUGGUGCUUCCUGGCCUUUGACCUCUGGCUUGGCCAGCCCCUAUUUUUUCCCUACUCAGAAUUCCAUGUGAAAGCUUAUGUCAAGACACAGACUUCUUGGGGUUCUUUCUCCAUCUAGCUGCCCAGUCCUGGGUGAGCAGGGAACCAAGGCUAGGCUUUGAGUCAUUGUCCCUGCUGGAGUGGGACUGGGCACCAUCUUGUACCUGGGGAUACUUUCCAAAGUUGGCCUCAUGUGCUCCAGCUUGGGGCCCACACACAGCUUGCUGGGAUGUGGGGGGAGGCAAGGAGGAAUUCAGAAGAUGGGGAGCAACAGAAAGUGAGACACCCUGGAAAGGCUCAAGCUGUGAGAAGCUGGUUUGGGAGUGAAGAGUUGGCUUGGAGAGAGUCGGGGCACAGGCCGCUUUGCACAGCUCCUCGGCCCGGCCUGCCCAGGGCCAGUGCAGGCUGUGGGAGGCUCUGUCGGCCCCUUCUAUAUGAAUGCCCCGUGCUUUAGGUUUUUUCUGGUUUUUGUUUGUUUGUUGUUUGUCCUGUUGUGUUUUGUUUUGCCUGUUUGUGUUUUAAAGGGGGGGAAAGUUGUAAUUAUUUCAUCUAAAUCUCCCAUUAUAUAUCUGUGAAUAAGAGACUCUAUAAUAGCAAAAUGAUGUAUAUUUUAGUUUGUCAUGAUAUAAGUCAUGAUAAUGAAGGACACUGAGAAAAAGAAUGAUCUAGAGCCCCGGUUUUGUGAAUGUUUUGUGUUUGUUUUGACGUUUGUAUUUGGUUUGGGUUUUUUGUUUUUUUGCGCCACACUGAGCAGGGUGAUGGGAAGGCUGGGCAAGCUGGUACACAGGUACCUCUUCGAGAGACUGGGCACCUACCAUUUGAGGGCUGAGGACCGGGGGCCUGAGAUCAGCUGUGAACAUUUGCAGUGCAAUGCAUGCAAGUCAGGGAUGAGGGGGUCCCACAGCCAGCAGCACCCCCUAAUGGAACAAUUGUACAUUUGCCAAUGGGUUUUCCUCCCCAGACUACGGUUUUUACUACAAAUAAACCUACGUUCUAUUCUGCA